AUGUCACCAAGGUCAAGAAAGGCCCAAAAACUCAUGCUUUCUGACUCACCAACCCACACACAAUCGCCCUUAAGAGAUGCCGAAUAUUCAAAAUCCAGAGAUAAUGAGGAGGAUUUACUAGAUUCAGAAUAUGAGGCUCCGGAGGAAUAUGAAGAGCUCGACACAAUAGGUCUUACAGACUUUCUCGAUUUCGACCCUAAACCCACCUUGAUAUUCGAUGUUCUGCGACAUAAUGCCUUCGGAGACAGCUUGGAGGCGGUAUACACAAAUAAAGCUUUCAAAUCUAAUACUUAUCUGACACUCGCCAUAUCGAACUCUAGAGAGUCGACUUCUCCAACGAAUCAUCCUGAAGAGCCUCCCUUCACAACUUUCAGGUCUCUGAUCAAGGAUUUUAUUCAAAACCAAGCCGGUCAAAAUUCUCAAGGCCAACCAUUUUCAUACAAUGGGUUCCUGUGGUCUGGGUUUACUAUCCGGGAGAGAUGGGUCUUAAUUUGUGGUAACAAGGUCGAUGAUGAGUUGCGAGAUCCCGUAUUUAGUAAUUAUCCUCAGAACCAAAAGGGAUCUUUGAGCACUACAUUCUCCGACAAGACAAUUGCGGCCUUGAAAGAUGUUCAAGUAUCUAAUCUCAAUAGUCCAGCAAGCGGCGCACAAAAGGAAGAUACAAUUAUGUGUGAACUUGCCAGUAGUCCACCAGAUUGGACCACAGAGUCUCCCGUUGUAGACUGGACCGUCGAGUGUCCUGUUGGUUAUCUGUCUGAUCACAUUGUCUACACUCGAAGUGUCGACUGGUCUUCGACACCUUUAGGGCCAAUGAUUAGCUGGACGCCGGAGUUUCGUCAAAUUGUAAACAUGGUGAUGGCUAAUCCCCAUCCUGCUGCUAUUUUCUGGGGCGAAGAAUUAACGGUAUUAUACAAUCAAGCAUACGCGGAAACUGUAGCUGGUCAAAAGCAUCCACAUCUGAUGGGUACAGGCGCCAGAGGGCCAUUUGCUGAAGUGUGGGAGCAGGUCGGAGAAGUCUUCAAUGAAUGUCGACGAACAGGGAGGGGACUCGCAAUGGCAGAUCAGAUGCUGCCCUUACAGCGUCGAGGGUUCGUCGAAGAGACUUUUUAUUCUUGGACCUUAACUCCGAUAUGGAACGCCAGCAGCACCCCUGAACUUCUAGGUGUUUACAAUGCCCCUUUUGAGACAACUGAAAAGGUGGUCAGCAAUCGCAGGAUGAGAACACUUCUAAAAGUCAGUGAAGAAACAGCCCUUGCUCAAUCUGUGCCUGAUUUCUGGCAAUUGAUUCUCGGUGGACUUGUGGAGAACGAACAUGACUUCCCAUUUGUUUUACUUUACUCAGUACUCGAUGACGUCGAGAAUGAUGCGACAUCCUCCAGAGGUUCUAUUUCUUCAGAUAGUUCUACAAGUAUCAAAUCUGUUAUUCUAGAAGGCUCGUUAGGUGUUCCCGAAGGACACAUAUCAGCUCAAAGUAGACUUGAUCUAAAAAGACAUCUGGGAGGAUACGUGCCAGCCUUGAGAGAAGCUAUGAAAACACGCCAACCAACUUUACUGUCACUUUCGAGUAGCAUGCUUCCAGUUGAUCUGACGCGAGGAUACAACUGGAGGGGAUGUGGCGAGCCAUCACGAGAGGCUGUGGUAUUGCCAUUGAGACCAACCAAUGCUGAAAGUACUUUGGGUUUUCUAGUCAUUGGAGUGAACCCCCGGAGACCGUAUGACGCCGACUACGAGUCAUUUGUUAAAAUAUUGAACAGACAAUUGGCGAACUCCUUAGCUUCAGUUACACUUUUCCAGGACGAGAUUCAACGUGGUACCGAUGCUGCAGAAAUUGCUGCUGCCGAGCGUAUAAAAUUAUCUGAAGAGUUGGCUUUUCAGAAAAGUCGACUCCAACGCAUCGCUGAAGUUUCGCCAGUUGGAAUGUUCUCGGUUGAUUCUGAUGGCAUAUUACUCGAAGCUAAUGAUCGUUAUUACGAGAUUACGAAUCUUCCCCGCGAUACUGCUGCUAAAAUGUCUUGGAUGGAUACGAUUGCUCCAUCUAGCAUCCCAACUAUGAUGAAGGGUUGGGAGAAACUCACCAUUCGUAAUCAGCCGUGGUCAGGUGAACUGCAACUCGUCAAGCCAUGGUACGAUCCUGUGUCGGGCGAUAAGUUUGAUAAUUGGAUUUUGGCGAGUUAUCAGCAUGAGUUUUCACCAGAUGGAAGCAUCAAAAGCAUAAUGGGAUACUGUACGGAUAUCACACUUCAAAAAAGGUUUGCCAGAGAAAUGGAGGAUCGUGCAGAGCUCUCUGAACAACUUUUACUUCGCACCAAUCAAGCCAAUGAAAUUGAACGAAACUUCAGACGAUUCAGUGACCUUGCUCCUGGUGGCCUAGCGAUUCUGGAUCCAGAAGGUAGACUAACAUACGCAAAUGAGCAAUGGUUUCAGAUUUCGGGCCUGCCAAAGAAUGAGGUACCUGGAAGCCCGUUCUCAUGGAUGGCUGCAAUAGAUGAGCUGGACCGUCCAAAAUUUAGGUCGCAAUGGCUAUCGUUGAUUAAAAACACUACUCCCUUCGUGACAGAAACACGUAUGAAACAGCCUUGGGUUGGGGAUAUUGCCGGAACUACACUCACAAUUCAGCGCUGGGUUUUAGGUACAUUCGCAGCAGAGAAUGAUGAAAAUGGGAAAUUGAAGAAUGUGAUGGGCUGCUGUACAGAUAUCUCAAGGAUCAAGUGGGCGGAGGACCUUCAAGAUCGAAGGUUGAAAGACUAUGAAGAAACAAGAAGGCAGCAAAAUUCGUUUAUUGACAUAACAAGCCAUGAAAUGCGCAAUCCACUUAGCGCUAUUGUUCAGUGUGCAGAUGGUAUCUCAUCAUCCUUAAAACAAUACAAAUCUGCAAAGGAAAAUCUAGAUGAGGAGAUCUUGACUAUCAUCAAGGACGGUAUAGAUGCCGCCGAAACGAUUCAACUUUGUGCUCAGCACCAAAAGUCAAUCGUCGAUGACGUUUUGACGAUUUCCAAAUUAGAUUCAAACCUUCUUGUGAUCACGCCAGUCUCUACCAAGCCAGUAGAGGUGGUCAAGCUCGGGCUGAAGAUGUUCGCAGGGGAAUGUCAAAUGAAUACCAUAUGUCUCAACCUAGAGAUCAAACAGUCCUUCCGAGAUUUAAAAGUCGACAGUGUCAUGCUCGAUUCCAGCAGGUUGACUCAAGUCUUAAUCAACCUCAUGACGAACGCUAUCAAAUUUACCAAGAACGAGAAAAGACGCGAAAUCCAUGUUUCCAUAAGUGCGUCACCGGAACCACCUCUAUUCGAGUCAUUAGCUGAUUUUGAAUACUUUCCGUCUCCUACUAGGCUUGCAAAAGCCAACGUCACUGCUAGUGAGGAGUGGGGAAGAGGCCAAAUCAUCUAUCUUCGAUUCGAAGUAAAAGACACAGGUUGUGGAUUAACGCCUGCCGAAAAGAAAAAUCUGUUUACUCGUUUUUCUCAAGCAUCACCACGGACUCAUGUACACUACGGAGGAUCCGGUCUUGGACUAUUUAUCUCACGCCAACUUAUAGAGUUACAAGGGGGAGAAAUUGGUGUGGCGUCGCAAUAUGGAGUUGGGAGUACCUUUGCUUUUUACAUCAAGUGCCGUCGUGCAUUGAAUCGGGCAAAUACUAUGGAUAUUGAAUCGCAGAUGCACUCAGACCUAGAAGCAAACGGAAGAUUGGCAACGAAUGUUCCAAAAAGCAUCAAGGACCAUGAAGAAAAGAUGCUGAAUCAGCUCUUAGACUUGAAGGAGAAGGGAAGAUUGCCUACUAAUCGUAAUUCGUUUGAAUUCGAGGAGGAGGAUAGUCAACAUUUGAGACCGACUAAAAAUCCGGAUUUUCUAUCGCCUAGUUCGUGGAGUGUAUUGAUCGUGGAGGAUAAUUUAGUUAACCAGAAAGUUCUGGCAGCGCAGAUGAAAAGGUUGGGAUGCAAGGUUCACGUAGCGAAUCAUGGGAAGGAGGCCAUUGAGUUUGUGAGGAAGACUGAUUUUUGGUUUGGUGGCGCGUCGGAUUCUGUGCAUGGGUCUGUGGCACCUAGGAACACCUCCGUUUCCGCGCAAAGUCAAGAACCUCCAGAAUCGCAUCAGCAAUUACAAUCUAAUUCUUCAUCACACAAACUCCCCAUCCCACUAACCCUUAUUCUCCUCGACAUAGAAAUGCCCGUUAUGGACGGUCUUACUUGCGCCCGAGAAUUGCGCAAAAUGGAAAAGAAAGGAGAACUGAAGGGUCAUGUACCAGUUAUAGCGGUAACGGCUAAUGCAAGAGCGGAACAGAUUCAGCAGGCGUUGGAAGCGGGUAUGGAUGAGGUUAUGACGAAACCUUUUAGAAUCACGGAGUUGGUGCCGGUUAUUGAAGGGGUUUUGGUGAGAGUUGGGGGUAGGGGAAAAAGAGAGCGAGGAAUGGGAUGA